AUGUCAGCUACAGUUAACACACAACCAAUAUCAACUUCGAUACGAGUGUACCCUUUACGUUUAUCACCGAACAAAGAUGUUCUUACCAGCAUAAGAUCAUUGAUGAAUGACGCUGGACUCCGCUCCGUGUUUAUUAUGACUUGUGUCGGAAGUGUCAAAGCAAUACUACUACGAAUGGCGAAUACAAUUGAUACAGUUGAAUUGAAACAACCGCAUGAAAUCGUUAGUUUAGUCGGAACGAUUGAUCGCGAUGCACAGCAUAUUCAUGGUUCAUUUUCCGAUGGCAAAGGCAACGUGAUCGGUGGACACGUUUUGGAUGGCCAUCCAAUGACUGUUUACACAACAGUAGAAAUUAUGUUAGCAGAAUGCGAAGAUGUGACUUUUUCUCGAGAAAUGGAUGAAGAAAGUGGCUAUCCUGAAUUAGUCAUUAAAAAGAAUGCUUGA